CCGUCAUCUACUCCUCCUACUCCUCAUCCUACUACUCCUAACUCUCCACCUCCGAGUUCUCCAAAGGGAAAGAAAACCCCGGAGCCCGAAAAACCGAAGAAGAGGGAGAAGGUGAAAAUGAAAAUGCCUUUUACGUUUUGCAACAAAAAGGAUGAAAAUUUGUUGCUAUGGAUUGUCGAAAUACAGACCUAUUGCAAGACGACGCCUGUAGAGCCUGAGUCUCAGGUUGCGUUUUCCACUUCGUGUUUGGGUGGAGAAGCAAAAGAAUGGGUGCUGGCGGAGGUUAACACCGCAGGGUUCGAGGACAUUGGGGACUGGUCUGGAACAAUGAACUUAAAACAGUUCCUUGCUAAAAUCAAGGAACGCUUCUUGGACAAGACGACGGCCGACAAGGCCUUUGACCAGCUCACCAGUAUAGGUCAACGUCAUUGGACCUCUGUGGAGUCUUUGUCACGAGAAGUAAAUCGGUUGCUGCAAGUUCCUAGGUUGAACCUGCAGGACAACCAAGUACUCUAUAUCUAUUCCCGUGCUCUGCCCGAGCCUAUUCGCGGACAGCUUGCGGCAGAUUCGAAAUCCGGCAAAUAUAAUUAUAGGCAGUUUCGCGAUCUGGCUCUCCAACGAGAGCAAAUGACGUCACAAGUCAAGAACUCGUAUGCUUCUGUAGUGAAGUAUGGUGGAGGAGGAGGAGGAGCGAACUUAGGUAAGCGGGUUCUUUGGCGGCAGAAGCGCCAAGACCAUAUGCUUGUCCUUUUUGACGACGAAACCGUGGAAAAAUUGCCGCUAGAAGCUGAGGGAGCGGCAUGCAGCAGUGAGUCUGGGAAGGGGGAAGUCACUGUUGUUGUGGUCAACAAGGGAGGGCCACACGUAAAUGGAAUGAAGAAGAAUAAACCACGCUCGUUCCCUGAGCAUCCCAGAAUUGCGGCUGGGAAGCCAUGGGAGAAGAUGAGAAUCACUCAGGCAUUGUGGCACGAAAGAAUGAAUAAUGCACAGUGUUUGAAGUGUGGACUUGCAGGGCAUGUAAUAGCUUGGUGUCCACAAAUUCGUUAUCCAAAAGCGAGCAACCAGUAGGAGUCGCAUCUACUCUUACUGAGUCCAAAGGUUUGGAUCAAGAACAAGGAAGGUGAGUUACGUCUCUGCAUUGACUAUAGAGGGUUGAACUCCGUCACUGUCAAGAAUGUCGAACCCCUACCGCAUAUUGACGACUUGUUGGACCAGUUGCAGGGCUGUAAGUAUUUUAGCAAGAUUGAUCUGAAGUCUGGAUACCAUCAGAUCGAAGUGGAUCCCACAGAUCAACACAAGACAGCUUUCCGAACAAGGUAUGGUCACUACGAGUUCGUGGUGAUGCCCUUCGGACCGACGAACGCCCCAGCGACCUUCCAAAGGUCCAUGAAUAAACUUUUCCGUCAAUG